AUGCUUUUUCUUUUGUCACCUACGAAGCCUGAUAUCAGCCCGACCGUAAGCUUUUGUAUUUCAUCUUUCUCCUGGCCGCCCGUCUCGUACCCAGAUGAAGCGCUUGUUGCCUUUCCUGGGAUUUUCGCCGCAGCCGCCGCUCCGGCUUCGCCGGAACCUUCAAGCUCCGGGGACACUGAACAGGUUGGAGGCUUCGGGAAGAAGGACGGAAAAGGAGACCAGCGGUUAGGUUUCUCUGCAGCGGGACAGAACGGAGAUGUGACUCAGCAAGGACUUGCUGUGUAUGACACUCCUGCAGGCAGGAGCUCGCCGGGGAGCGUCACGGGGCAAAACGCAGAGGUCACCAUUUCUUCGAAGGAUUCCAGCUCGCGUGCCUCCCGCCGAUAUGCGGAUCGCCGUCUCCCUCAGGAGAUGACGUUUCAAGAAUGGCUCUUGUCGGCUCUUGACAGUAGCGUGGACCACCCGCCCUCGCCCCGGAAACCUGGUUUGGGUGACGCAAAGAAGGGGGGACGAGCCUUGCAGGCGUCUUCUGCUGGCAAGGCGCUUUCCACGCGACGUCGCUCUGUUCAGGUAAAGCUCGGGCAAGGAACAGCUGCAGAGAGACAAGAGACGCGGCCGGCGGACGCAGCCGACACCUCGCAGUUGUUGAAAAGUCUGAAAGCCGGCCUUCCCCAGGGUGCGGCUCAGACUGGAAGUGAAAACGGGGACCUGUUCGGAGCGGCGGCACAACCCGAGAUGGUCAUCGCAGACGGCUGGGAUCCGGAGAAGCAGGCAACAGUGGUUCACAAGGUGGAGGCAGCUUUGGAGAAAAGAGUCUCAAAACUCACCGGCGACAUCAACUGGCUACAGACACAAUUGGAAGGCGUUUUAGGCGACAUGCAAAUGUACCGGGAGGGUCUUCAUGAUUUACGCCCUCAUCGAAAUGUCGAGGCGUUCGAGCAGAUAGCAUUAGGAGGCCCGAGUCUCCCCCACAAAGCGCUUCUGGAGACGCUGGAGAAUGCCGUUAACGUCUUGGACUCGCGCAUCGCGACGUUCGUUCGCACCAACAGCACACUGUUCGAGAGUCAGCUGCGAGAGGCUGUGGACCAAAGGUUGACGCCUCUCAGGCGGGACAUGGUGGACCUUUCGUUUGCCCUCUUGAACGCCUCAGAUAGCUCGGUCGCCUUGGCCAAUGAGCUCGUUGAUGUCUCCAGCGGUGUCAACAGCACCGUCGCCCGCAACGUCGCCGAAGUGGAACUCCUCCAAAGCCGACGGCAAGCUGCCUACGAAGAAGAUGUGCGGACGGAAGAAUUCCGUCUCAGGAAUAGCGUCGAGGAACUGAAACAAACGGAGCAAAGCCGCAUCAACCGGUCCAGUCUGGAAGAGCAGAUCCUGUCGGCGGCGGUGGCGGAUGCGGUGCACGAAAUGGAGCGGAAUGGCGUUGGGGUUCUCGACAUCAGUGAAGUAUACAGCGGCAGUGAGGCCAAGAAGGUUCUCGAGCUUCUCUUCUAUAUGUUGGCCAAGCAACAAGACCCGUCGUGGGAAGUCCUUCCGAUCGUGUUUGUGACUGCGCCGCCGGCUCCACUUCCAGUCGAACCGCGUUCAGUCAACCAGUUGCUGAGGACGGCCGUUGCGGCAGGGCGGCCGAACAAUGGAGACACUGCACGCGGAGCGGGUCUGGACACUGAACCCCUGUGGGUCGACGUGACACGCGGAAUGUCGUUGCUCGGCGGGGAGGUGAGCGACUCCUCGGAAUCCGCAUCCUUUGAAGAGUUCGAAGGAGACCACGGCGUCACCACAGCGGCCCCGGCGAAGCCGGACGCAGCAGUGGACAAGGAGAGAGAGGCCUGGAGUCAGAAUGAAGAAGGCGACGAGAGCCACACAAUCGACCUCCUUCAGAGACGAGGAGUUGGCGAGCCAACAACUGACGCCGGCGCGGACCAGAACGAAGGCGCUGCAGGUGACGGGGGCGGAAAGGCCGCGGCCUCGGCGCGCGACCGGGCCCACGGCGACAGGAAGAGACCAGAGGGCGGACCUGGGGCCCCGGACGGGCAAGCGCGGGAAUCGUGGAAAGGAUCGAAAGGGGGACCAGCGGAACAGACGACGCAGAGACACAAAGGAAGCAGGAGAGGGGUGGAGAAAGAGAAGAAAGCUGGGGCGGACGCGGGCCAGGACGAGGCGCAGAAGAAGCCUGGCCAGGACGGUCGUGGGGACACCCGGCGCAAAGGGACCACCCGUCGACCCCCGCGUGGCGAGCGUUCGAACGAAGUGCCGAGACAUGGCGGUUCGUUUUUCGGCGGUCUCUUUGGGCGCGCCAAACGCCAUUUGCAGGGGGAUGCGAAAGAAGCGCCGCGUCAAAACGGCGCGGCGGCGAGGCCCUCAGUCGGUCAGGAAAACGCGACCAACUCGCUCGAUUCUGGCAGAGACUGGAGCGUGAAGGUGAUUUAUUCGUACGAGGGAGCGAGUCAAUCCGUUGAGCCGGAAGACUGGAUCAAUCUGUCGCAAAUGCUCCCGCCUGCGGUCAUUCGAGAAGCGGCCGUGGACGAUCGCGCGCGGUACGCUCUCGUGCCGCCACUCUCGACUCUGCAGCGCCUCGUCUUUGAGCACUUCCAGGGCCGGCCCAGAGUGCGUCUUCCCGCCGCUGACCCGCAGACCGGGAACGCGGCGGUGGCGCACGCACCGAGCCAGGAGGCGGAAGCCCAGACCCGAACGGCGGAAACAGCCGAGGCGUCCGAUCCAAGCAAGCCGACGUCUGAACUCGCCGACGGGACGACCGAAGCCGAGGCGCGUAUGCGGGUCCGGCGUCUGGCUGCAGGGUCGGCGCGGGGGAGAGAAACCUGGAAGAAGGUGAACAGAGAAACGGACGUUUCUAAGAAAGGAGGCUAUUACAUUUUGAGAGUCAGUGGCCUAGUCAUCGAGUCGUUCUACGUCUCAGGCGACUAUCACGUGUCUCCAGUCCCGACGCUCUAUCCUGUCUCGGAGCCCGUCACAGGAUUGGGCCCUCUGGUGUCGUACGCCGAGUACGGGUCCCAGUUCAUCAAGGCCUACAGAGAUUUCCAGCCGCCUUUCCCCUCGCUGUCCCCCUUCCGCAAGAACAGCGACUUCGAGGCUUGGCUCGGCCAGCCGACCUUGAGCAGCUGGGCUGGCGGCGACGGAGGUGCCCUAUCGCGUCCCCAGCAGACCCAGGCCGUGCCGCUGGACGUGGAGAUCCGAGAAGCCGGUCAGCGAGGCGCCGGCACGGCGCCACAGAGACGUGCGCGACCGGGAAAUGCGGGCGACGUGGAAGGCGAGCCGGGGCAACUUGAAGCCGUGGACGGCCUGGCCAUGCUUGCACGAGCGCAGCGGGUUAAUCGCGAUGGCGAGGGCAAGACUGAGGAAGAAGCCAGCGAAGAGAAGCGAAGCGGGCUGUACAGCCGUUUCAAUCCGUUCGUGUGCUGCCUAAACGAGUCAAGUCGGCAGCUGUCAAAGUGGUGUGUCGAUUCGAACCUAGGCAUCUUCGCCGGCAGCGUCGACGGUCCGGAUGCGGAAGGGGAAACGGAAGCGGCAGCCGCUGCACGUUCGCGUGCGGGGUGGGAGGAGAGAGAGACAGGGACGUCAAAGGGAAGUGACGAGGCGCAGGCAGGCGGGUCUGUCCGAGAGGACUCGAAAACGCCGACGGCGCAUGCAGCGCAUGCAGUCUCUGAGCAAACUGGCCAGACGAGUGGACAGCAGCUGCCGCAGAGGCGCGAGGACCGCGCGGCUCUGUUCCCGCCGUCAGUGGGCAAGCGAAAAGUUCUUAUGGUCUACCUGGGUCCGCGAACAGGUGGGCUGCCGCUGCGGUACCUGGCUGGGAGCGGAGGCGAGUUGCGACGUCUUCAGUUGGCUCAGCGUAGCGUCGAGACGCUGGUCCAGAAUCUGGACGGCUUUUGCACAGCGGAUAUCUCGUACAAGACGCGCCAGGAUUCGGGAGAGACGCGGAAGAGGGGCAAAAAGGCCAAGCAGAAAAAGCAGGCAAAGCCGGAACAGUCGCCGAGUACCAGCUGUACAGCUCUGGACUCGUUCAUCCAUGCCCGUGUCGGCAUCCGCGAGUGGAGGCAACUCAUGGCGUUGAAGCACGAGGCGUACGUAUCCAACCCGGCGGCAUGGGCCACGUCCUACGACAAGCGAAUGCUGGACAAAUACCAGCUCUAUGUCGAGACCGCUUUCGCCCCCGAAGCGCCGCCUCUCUUCCUUCCUCUCACCUCCUUUUUCCAGGAAAACUUCCUGCUGAUCCGUGUACAGGUUGCGACGUGUCCGUCGCGCCCCCGCGGAGUCGUGGAGUUCGCUGUGCCGCCCGUGUCGGUUCUCGAACGCGCGCUUUACCUCGUCGGGUAUCCUGCGGCUGGUCAAGCAGCGGUGGCGGCGUACGGUUAUGCGACGCGCACGCAGUCGAAGCUCACGCGCCUGAAAGAGACUGCAAAGGCGGCAGCCGCAGAGGCGUUUCCGCAGUACCAGCCUGUCUUGUCGGCCAUGCAAACCGCGACAACAGAAGCCGGCUUGUGGGGUCGGGCGUCCGGUGCGGGCGAUGCGUCCAACUGGAUCGGCCAUGUCACAGUGAAGUUUGGGAAGACGUCCACGUCGUCGAUAGAACUCAUCGACGGUUCCCUCCGGAACAGGCAUAGCGACUCCAACGACCACGAGUUGCCUGUCGACAGACAGCAGUUCUGGAAAGUGCAUGUCGCGGAAGACAAGCGACAAAAAGGGAGCAACGAUGACCCGUUUUACGUCAAGGGUGUACAAGCCGGUGAGGGGGAGGCGGCUACGGAGUGCGACACAACGGCGAACAUCGUGACUCGCAUGGGCUCCUAUAUGGAGACGCGCGUCGUUCCAAGGCUGUACGCCAGUGAACUGCGAGGCCGCAAAAUCGUGCUUGUGCUUUCCACUGAUCAGCAUGCUUUUCUGGGAGAGAGAUUCUUUGCUGGCGACAGGAUUGAAGCGGCGUGGAAGCAGGCACAUCUUAUGCCCACGAGGAACCACACGGCGGAAAACCGAUACGCGCCCAGAUGGACGAACAAUAAGGAACCUGCUGUUGGUGGAAUAGUUGGUGCUACUGCCACGUACAACCAGAGAGAAGAAGCCAGCCAAAAAACCGACGUGCCUGAAAUGAACCUGGCUGAUGAGCCUCUUUCUGAAUCGCCAGCAACACAACAAAGCACUGCGGAAGAUGAACAAGCACAACUUUCGGAGCGAGUCGUGUCCCAGGAGGAGGCGACAGUGGUGCCUCAGGAGGAGGAGACUGUUGUGCCCGGGGAUGAGGAGACAGUGAUGCCCCAGGAGCAGGAGACAGUUGUGCCCCAGGAGCAGGAGACAGUUGUGCCCCAGGAGCAGGAGACAGUUGUGCCCGGGGAUGAGGAGACAGUGAUGCCCCAGGAGGAGGAGACGGUGGUGCCUGAGGGUGAGGAGACAGUGAUGCCCCAGGAGGAGGAGACGGCAAUGCGCCAGGACGACGAGACAGUGGUGCCCCAGGAGGAGGAGACGGCGAUGCCCGAGGAUGAGGCGACAGUGGUGCCCCAGGAGGAGGCAAGAGCGAUGCCCCAGGACGACGAGACAGUGGUGCCCCAGGAGGAGGAGACGGCGAUGCCCGAGGAUGAGGCGACAGUGGUGCCCCGGGAGGAGGCAAGAGCGAUGCCCCAGGAGGAGGCAAGAGCGAUGCCCCAGGAGGAGGCAAGAGUGAUGCCCCAGGAGGAGGCAAGAGCGAUGCCCCAGGAGGAGGCAAGAGCGAUACCCCAGGAGGAGGCAAGAGCGAUGCCCCAGGAGGAGGCAAGAGCGAUGCCCCAGGAGGAGGCAAGAGCGAUGCCCCAGGAGGAGGCGAGAGCGAUGCCCCAGGAGGAGACAGUUGUGCCCGAGGAUGAGGAGGCCGUGACGCCCGAGGAUGAGGAGGCCGUGACGCCCGAGGAUGAGGAGGCCGUGACGCCCGAGGAUGAGGAGGCCGUGACGCCCGAAGAUCAGGAAACAGUGGUGCUCGAGGAUGAGGAGACGGCGACGCCCCAGGAUGAGUAG